UUUAUUGCGAGGUGGCCCCCCCCCCGGCUCCGGCAUUAUAAAGGGCGCCACGAGUCGGCAUUGUCAGGCGGCGGCACCGCGCGGGAGGGAGCUUUCCUGUCGGUCGGCGGGUUCCCGUGCGGCGGCGGCCAAGGAGGAGGAGACACACUUGGAGCAGCUCCGUGGGCUGACUGAGGCGAGGCCUCAGCAGCGCGAGCUUGAGUGCGGCCGAGCCCGCGGCGCCUUCCCCUGCUGGUGGGGACGAGCGGGCCCCGCGGCGUCAUCGGCGGCGAGCAGGAGCCGCCGCGCCUCGGCCUAGCAUGUCGGAAGCGGGCGAGGAGCAGCCCAUGGAGACGACGGGCGCCACCGAGAACGGACAUGAGGCCGUCCCCGAAGGCGAGUCGCCGGCCGGGGCUGGCACGGGCGCCGCGGCGGGGGCUGGAGGCGCGACCGUGGCGCCCCCGAGCGGGAAUCAGAACGGCGCCGAGGGCGACCAGAUCAACGCCAGCAAGAACGAGGAGGACGCGGGAAAAAUGUUCGUUGGUGGCCUGAGCUGGGAUACUAGCAAAAAAGAUUUAAAAGACUAUUUUACUAAAUUUGGAGAGGUCGUUGACUGUACAAUAAAAAUGGAUCCCAACACUGGACGGUCAAGAGGGUUUGGGUUUAUCCUGUUCAAAGAUGCAGCCAGUGUGGAGAAGGUCCUAGACCAGAAGGAGCACAGGCUGGAUGGCCGUGUCAUUGACCCUAAAAAGGCCAUGGCUAUGAAGAAGGACCCGGUGAAGAAAAUCUUCGUUGGGGGUCUGAAUCCUGAAGCCACUGAGGAAAAGAUCAGGGAGUACUUUGGCGAGUUUGGGGAGAUUGAGGCCAUUGAACUGCCAAUGGAUCCAAAGUUGAACAAAAGACGAGGUUUUGUGUUUAUCACCUUUAAAGAAGAAGAACCCGUGAAGAAGGUUCUGGAGAAAAAGUUCCAUACUAUCAGUGGAAGCAAGUGUGAGAUCAAGGUGGCCCAGCCCAAAGAAGUCUAUCAGCAGCAGCAGUAUGGCUCUGGGGGCCGAGGAAACCGCAACCGAGGGAACCGAGGCAGCGGAGGUGGUGGAGGAGGUGGAGGUCAGAGUCAGAGUUGGAAUCAGGGCUACGGCAACUACUGGAACCAGGGCUACGGCUACCAGCAGGGCUACGGGCCUGGCUAUGGCGGCUACGACUACUCGCCCUAUGGCUAUUACGGCUACGGCCCCGGCUACGACUACAGUCAGGGUAGUACAAACUACGGCAAGAGCCAGCGACGUGGUGGCCAUCAGAAUAACUACAAGCCAUACUGAGGCGGCAGCAGGAGCGACCAACUGACCGCACACAUGCUUUUGUUUGUUUGGAUAUGGAGUGAACACAAUUAUGUACCAAAUUUAACUUGGCAAACUUUCUAUGGCCUGUCCCAUGUGCAUCUUAUUUAAAAUUUCCCCCAUGGAAAUCACUCUCCUGUUUACUAUUUCCAGAGCUCUAGUUGUUUAGGCAGCGUGUGGUGUCUGAGAGGCUAGAGUGCCAUCAUGGGCUGAUUUUUAUUACCAGGUCCCCCAGAACCAGGUGGGAGGCUCUGCUUCUGGCUGCUGCUCUGCAGCCUGGACCUGUGGACCCUGGUUGUAAAGAGUAAAUUGUAUCUUAGGAAACCGGUGUCACCUUUUUUUCACCUUUUAGUUUUAUAUUAUUUGUGUCAUACAUUUCCUGUAACGGAAGUGUUAAUUUUACUGUACUUUUUGGUACCUUUUGGGAAUCUAAUGUAUUGUAAGGUAUUUUACACGUGUCCUGAUUUUGCCACAACCUGGAUAUUGAAGCUAUCCAAGCUUUUGAAAUAAAAUUUAAAAACCCCCAAGCCUGGGUGAGUGUGGGA